AUGACACCGCAAUCAGUGCAAGACGCGUACGAUCAGAUAGAUAGGACUUGGGAUGCAUACGACUUGCAGACCUCCUUGAGCACCUGGGUCCCAAGAAGACUACCAUCAGCAAACUCCUUCCGUCUCCUCGUGAUCGGGCAUCUCAUUGCGACUCCGCCUCCGCAACAUACGGCUGAUACUCUUCUUGAGGACCGAUUGUGGAAUGAUGCAUUUAAUGCGACCCAGGUCUUCAUGGCAACGUAUGGACCCGGCAUAUGGAACGUCACCGAUCCUACCAUGCGGCUCCUCAUAUCGCCUUAUGUUCUGGACUACGUUUGGGCCUUGCUGCAGGAUCCGGCUGCAAUCACAGUACAGGACCUGCACGAACGUCGCGCCAUGAUGCAGGUAGUAAGGGACAGGAGACAAGGGCGGAGAGGGAGUUUGCCAGAUUCUGUUACCAUGUUCGAGCAAAUUGCUGAUGGUGACUCGCCAACGUUUGGUGGCCCUGCCCUACAGCGUGGCAGAUCAUUGAGUGCUCCAGCGGCAGACCCAAGACCACAGCGGAUGCUCAAUGCGCUCGAGAACGUACAUAACCUUGCGAGACAGCUGGCAGGCAUGGAAGUGGAGGAUGAUGGCAAAAUGCAGCAGCAAUUCCAGAGCUUACUCGACGACUCUGUGGAGGGUACGUUGGAUGAGUCUGGGACGCACGGCGAAAGACUGAAUGCUGACAGUGAUCCCGAUGACCAGGCUACCAUUCGUGCGAAUUAUGCCAACGAUGCGAGGACUGGCAGGUACAUGAGCAUACCGCAGCCUCUCAAUGAAGAUGACUUCGAUGGGGAACUUGAGGAGGGCGAUUUUGACACAGAUGAUGAGAAUGAUAUCUACCCCUCUGAGAACGAGGACCGGAUUCCAGAGUGCUCGCCACGACCUGUUCCUGGUCAAUACGCUCUUGAAGAACCACAACGAGGACCAUCUCGCCAGCAGCGAGCCGCUCAGAUCUCCGAAGAAGUCCGUCUACUCAACCGCGAUGUACCAUCCCUUAGCCCAUCGAAACCUCAAAACGAAGAGUCAUAUGCAGUCGGGCCACAAGGCUUGGCUGAUCUCGAGACACCUGGAAGAAUGGGCGAAAAUGCAUCGCCAGGACGUGAAGGACCAUUCGCGCAAGGUGUGGGCAGGACGGCGUCGAGUAGAAGAAAUGAAGGGAUGGGCGCGGGCAAUGAGGCUAUCAGGGGCGUAAGGACUCCUGAUCAUGGCGUUGAAGAUCCAGAUCGAGGAGGUGAAACUGUCCUGGAGGCCUCCCAGGGGUCGACUACUGCAGAUGCGAGUUCGAGAUCUACCGACGGCCAGGCGACGAACAGAGCUUCACGACGGAAGCCCACCAUGAAGUCGCCAGGCUCAUCCUAUCAGCCAUCUCCGGUAUCGUACAAGGAUCUAGUUCAGUCUGGCAACCAAUCCUCCACAAUUGCUGCCGAAAACUUUGAAGGGAUAAUCAACGAUCACGUAAGACUUGCUGCUGAGCCCGGCGAGUUCGCUGGCCGUCGAGACAUCAAUACGAUUGCUCAGAGACAGCUCGCAGGACAGAUUGUUCGUCUCGACUCUGUUGAAGAAAAGAAGGCUGUGCACGACAAGGUGAAAGAGAUUAAGCGGUUCGAUAGAGAGGUGACGGCACAGGCGAGUGAAGCGGAGAAGCAGGCACAAGUGGGGAAGCGAGGAGGGAAGAAUCCGAACACUGAGCUUUCGCCUCUUCCAGACACUAUCAAGACGAUGUUGAUCAAUAAGCUUGUGAAAGGGGUGUAUGAUCAGGAGGGUGUACUUGGUGGUGCGCAAAAGCAUAAGCAGCCUGUUCUGAAUAGGUUGGCGAAGAUGGGUAUGCUCAACGGCACGUAUCUUGCCAGUGACAGUGAGAGGUUCUUGAAGAAGGUGGAGAGUUUACUGCCAGCUGCUCCAGUGCAGGCGAGUAGGCAGGGAGCUGGGGGUAUGAAGAGUGCUGGUGAGGGCGGGACUGGACCGACGGGCAGUGCGCAGAAGAGUGGUAGUGUGCAGCGUCAGGGUCAGCAGAUGCCAGGUCAAUUGGCUGGAGAUCAAAAGGCUUCAAGCUCGAGGCGAGGUGCUGCUGCCUUGUAG